AAGGCACUGCGUGAGAUGAGCUGGCUCAACUACUUCACCCUCGGAGGAAACAAGCAGGCCCUGGAAGAGGCAGCAACAGCUGACCUGGAUAUCACCAAAAUAAACAAACUAACAGCAGAAGCUAUUCAGACACCCCUGAAAUCUGCCAAAACACAAAAGGUAAUACAACUAGAUAAAAUGAUAGUAGAAAGAAGAAAAAAAAUAUAUAAGAAUCUUCAAACUGCAAGAGUCAAAAGGUGUCCUCCAUCCAAGAAGAGAACUCAGUCCGUACAAGGAAAAGGCAAAAGGAAAAGGUCAAGCCGUGCUAACAUCGUUACCGCAGCCCUGGGCCAACUGCAGGCGUCCAUGGUCAAACCAGCUCCGGGCCUGACCCCUAGGUUUGACUCGAGAGUCUUCAAGACCCCUGGCCUGCACACUCCAGCAGCAGGAGAGUGGAUUUACCACAUCUCAGGGAAUGGCAGCCCUCUUGCAUACAGCAAAGAGAUCUUCCUCACUGUGCCAAUGGGCAGCAGAGAGAGCCUGAGAUUAUUGGCCAGUGACUUGCAGGGGCACAGUAUUGCUCAGCUGGAUCCAGAGGCCUUGGGAAACACUAAGAAGCUCUCCAGUCGCCUCACCCAAAUCUGCAGCAGCAUAUGGACCCACAAAUGA